GAACUGUAUACAUACUGUGCCUUGAAUAAAAAAUUCAAAAACAUGUGGCUGCCCCUUCUAAAUUAGAGCAGUGCAGAAUCGGGGCAGGCUGGUCUUGCAAUGGACAACACUUGACUUAUGCUGUUAAUAAAGUAUUUCAUCAUCAUCACAUUUAACUCUUGCUUGUGUUAUUUUUCUCUUUUUCUCUCUCAGGACUUCAACUCAUUAAGCAGAUUCGGUGAGGUCGGUGAUUGGCUGUCAAAUCUCAAAGGCCAUUUACACAAUCCAGAUAUAAAGCCCGAUACAGUGGGCACAGAGAGUAAAUGUUUCUGCGCGUUGCUUUCUCUGUACUGUUAGGAACCAAAUGAAGUCUUCAGCCCCUUGGCUUGAACAUCAGGAAAUGAUUAUAUUAUGACAAGCAUCAAAUGGCAAGCAUCCUGAAUGGGUAAUAUCAGAGAGAGAUGAUUUUGGAAUAGGAAGACCACAAGCGCUUGUACGAACAAGCAGUCUGCUUAUUGCUGAUCUUCUGUUUUUUCCUACUAUUAAAUUACCAUGGAGAAUUCAACUAAAAUACUGUUUGUUCUACAAGGACUGAAUGAGUUUAAGUCAAGCAAGCAGGCUUACUUUGCUGUAAUUCAUAUUGUUUAUCUUUUUACAAUUUUAGUAAACCUGACUUUGAUUGUGACAAUUAUUUUGGAGAAAACGCUCCAUGAGCCCAUGCUUAUAUUUCUCUGUAACUUGUGUAUAAACGGGCUAUGGGGUGCCUCUGCAUUUUAUCCUAAAAUAUUGGUGGACCUUUCAUCUGACUUGAGUGUCACUUCGUAUGAAGCUUGUCUGGGCCAAAUUUUUGUAUUGUACAGCUACAUUCCCUGUGAAUUUACUACAUUAACAGUGAUGGCUUAUGACAGGUAUGUCGCCAUAUGCAAGCCACUCAAUUACCACUCCAUCGUCACACCUCAAAAGGUUGUGAAAUUACUGCUUUUUACCUGGCUUUUAUCCAUCUGUAUAUCAGCUUUUGCGGUGGUCCUGAUAGCCAGAUUACCUCUCUGUGGGUUCAAAAUUGAAAAGAUAUAUUGCACCAUUUGGGCAGUGGUGAAGCUGUCAUGUGUGGACACCACAAUCAACAACGUAUACGGGUUCAUUCUCUCGGUUUUUCACCUUUUACAGGUAGUGCUGAUCAUGAUUUCUUAUAUCAAUAUUGUGAAAGCCGCUGUGCGAUCGCAGGAAGAACGGAAUAAGUUCAUGCAGACCUGUUUGCCCCAUUUAAUCGCAUUGAUCAACUUCACAGUCUCAGUCAUAUUUGACAUCAUGUACGCUCGCUAUGGUCCCACCGACCGUCUGCACGCUCUCCGCACUUUCAUGUCCGUGGAGUACCUCGUUGUUCCACCGAUACUGAAUCCCCUCAUCUAUGGUCUGAAACUGAACCAGAUCCGCCAGAGAAUCUUCAGGAUUUGCAGCCGGAAAAGACAUUCUUUAAAGUGAAUGUUUGUUCUUUGAAAAGCAAUAUCCCACCUUCAUAUGUUUUCUUAAAAGUGACAACAGCACUAAAAUUAUUUCUGAACAGCAGAACAAUAGGAUUGUAAGACGCAGCACAGAUGUAGAUAUUCUUCUAUAUACUUCUAUAGGUAUAAUGAAGUAAUUUAAGCCUAUC